GCUCGGUUCGCUGGAGGGAGGGAGGGAGGGAGGAGAGCGGCCGUGCUGCUCACUAUAAACUUGUAUCGCCAGGCUGUUGCUUUCAUUCAUAUUUUCUUUUGUCCAGCUCCGCUCCGGAGCGCCAUGUCGCCCCACCGGUACACCCCGGACAAUUCAGCCGUCGUUGAAAGCGAGAAAAACGGGCAAGCGCGGCUGCCUGGCCCCUACUACGGAGAGGCACACAAAUUUGAUCCUUCUUUCAGAGGCCCAGUCCGCAGAAGGAGCUGUACGGAUGUGUUGUGUUGUUUGAUCUUCAUCAUCGUCAUCCUCGCUUACAUCGCUCUGGGGAUAGUGGCCUGGUUACAUGGGGACCCGAGGAAGGUGCUACACCCUACAGACAGCUACGGCCGCUUCUGUGGUCAGAAGGGAACUCCCAAUGCGAAGAAGCCCAUCCUGUUCUAUUUUAACAUCCUGAAAUGUGCCAACCCUGCUGUGUUGAUCAACCUACAGUGCCCUACAACUCAGAUGUGUGUGUUGAAGUGCCCCGACAGGUUUGCCACCUACACUGACAUGCAGCUGCAACACAAACUCAGCAAGAGUUACUGGGAAUAUUACAGGCAGUUCUGUAAACCUGGCUUCAAUGACCCCAACAAGCCAGUCUCUCAGGUUUUAAGAGAUGAGGACUGCCCCUCCAUGAUUGUACCAAGUAGACCAUUCCUGAAAAGGUGUCUACCAGACUUCAUCACUCUCAAUGGGACUGUGACUGUGGCUAACAGGACCAGGUUUAAAGACUCCCUGGACAUGCCGCGCAGCGUUAGCGAACUCCAAGAUGCUGUCAAUGGCAUAACAGAGCUAGUGGACACAAAGGAGCUGGGCAUGAAGAUAGUAGAAGAUUAUGCCAAGUCAUGGGCAUGGAUACUCAUAGGCCUGCUGAUAUCCUUGGUGGUCAGUCUGGUCUUCAUUCUGCUGCUGAGGUUCACAGCUCGGCUGCUGCUAUGGUUUACCAUCAUCGCGGUGAUAUUUCUGCUGGCAUAUGGUAUGUGGUACUGUUCUAUGGAGCUGUCCCAGCUCAGAGAGACACCGGGCUCUGAUGUUGCCAUUGUUGAUGUUGGCCUGCACACUGACCUGCAAGUCUAUCUCCAGCUGAGACAAACAUGGAUUAUAUUCUUGGUGUCUUUAGGACUGACAGAAGUUUCCAUCUUGGUGAUGUUGAUCUUCUUAAGGAGAAGAGUCCAGGUGGCUAUUGCCCUGCUCAGAGAAGCUAGCAGAGCUAUGAGCUAUAUCAUGUCCACCCUCUUCUAUCCAGUCGUCACCUUCUUCCUGUUGGCAGUCUGCAUUUCCUAUUGGGCUGUUACUGCUGUUUUCUUAGCAUCUUCAAAUGAGGCUGUCUACAAGGUGAUGUCUCCUGAAGCUAACUGCCCCUAUGCCAACAAGACUUGCAAUCCAGAGACUUUCAACAGGACGAACAUCUCCAAAACAGCGUCCUGCCUGGGCUCCCAGUGCACAUUUGCCUUCUACGGCGGUGAGACGCCUUACCACCGCUACUUGUUCAUCCUCCAGCUGUUCAACCUGCUGGUGUUUCUCUGGCUGGUGAACUUCAGCCUGGCUCUGGAGCAGUGCACCCUGGCUGGGGCCUUCGCAAGUUACUACUGGGCUAAGAGGAAGCCUCAGGAUAUACCACCCUGUCCGCUGUUUUCAUCCUUCAGCAGAGCAAUAAGGUACCAUACAGGGUCUUUGGCAUUUGGAGCUCUAAUUCUGUCAGUGGUCCAACUGGUCCGAAUAAUACUGGAAUAUCUGGAUCAGAAAUUAAGAGGUUCUAACAACAUGGUAUCCAGGUUCAUACUAUGUUGUCUGAAAUGCUGUUUCUGGUGUUUGGAGAGGUUCAUUCGCUACAUGAACCGCAACGCUUACAUUAUGGUGGCGAUCUAUGGUAAGAACUUCUGUACCUCAGCCCAAGAGGCCUUCUUCCUGCUGAUGAGGAAUGUUGUCAGGGUUGCAGUUCUUGACAGAGUCACAGACUUUCUGCUGUUUCUGGGCAAGGUGCUGAUAGCAGGAGGUGUUGGUAUUGUUGCAUUCUUCUUUUUCACCAGGAAGAUCCCUGUUAUCCAGGAGGAAGUGCCCACUCUCAACAAUUACUGGGUCCCCCUGCUGACGGUGGUGGCAGGCUCCUACCUGAUCGCUCACGGUUUCUUCAGUGUUUAUGCCAUGUGUGUCGACACACUCUUCCUCUGUUUCUGUGAUGACUUGGAGAGGAAUGAUGGUGGUUCAGAAAAACCGUUCCUUAUGUCCCCAGAGCUACACAGAAUUCUGGGAAAAUCUAGUCACUCACGGUGAUAUCAGCCACCUCCACACUGCAAUGGCUGCCAAAACUUGUCAGGAGAGAAAAGGCCUGGGCACCCACAUUGUACAGCCCAGUGUUUGAAUUUCUGUGACAUCACCUUCCUCCCCUGACUUUCCUUCCUUGGUGCUGAGGUCUUUACAUUGAAUAAUGUUGAGAUAACCACAGGACAAUCAAGUUUCUUUGAAAAUAAAAGACUUUGGAGUAUUUCGAGUUUCUUCUGGAAACAUUCAGUUGUUGGAUGGAUGAUUGAUGAAAAUGACAAAACAACAGACCUGCAAAGAAAUUGCAAUAUGUGAACUAGACAGAGUGUUCAAAAAAAGCCUGGAAUGAAGGGGAAUCGCUCAGUCCUUCAUGGAAUAUGGUCAACAUGAAGUCCACCAACUUCCAGACACGUUUGCAAACACACACCAGGCUCUCUGCAAAGCAUGCAUGGAUUAACAAAUGCACUAUACCACAUUAAUACUACUGCCUACUUCAGAGCACCAUGUUUGUGUGUAUCUAACAUAGCAUAUAGAUUAAUGGCUGCACUGGCAACAGUAUUUCACCUCUGCAGAUUCUGCUGGUUUGGGAUAAAUGUCUUCCUUCAAGUAACUCUAAAAUGCUUCAAGUCAGGAUCAAAGAGCCCAAGACAACUGAGGAGAUGUGCCAUCCAUCCAAUAUGUCUGUGAAGAUUCUCAGUCAUUCGGGUCAUAGUAUAUCAAGAGGUAAUAAGUCAAACACAACUACACCUCAAGUUUAUCUUUUAACCUCUCAUCCAGGAUCAGUUCUAAGAUUCUCCAAGAAGGAUCUUCAGUCAACAGCCCAUCUCAUUUUUCAAACCCACGUACACACUAAGACAGCCUAAAGACCCUACGCUGAAACAAGCAGAAUAAUGUAGUAUACGCAGGCCACUGCAGUGAGGAACACACAGAACUCGACAUCGGGGAGACAAAACAACUGCAUGGACAAGCAUAGGAGGACCAGCUCCUAAGGUCAAGAGUCAGCAGUAUACCUGCAUCUAAUGGACGGGAGAUACUCCUUUGAGGACAAAAAUGUACACAUUCUACACAUAAGGUACUGCAGAAGAAACAUCUUUGAACAGUAGAGUGGGAUUGAGGCUGUGUCCACAUUACACUGGGUAAAUUCCAUCCACAAAAACUGAAAUGGAUGGGAACAGAGCUCUCUGAAAACAAUGACACAAGAUGGUCAUGUAAUAACGAAUACUUCUAGGUUGUAGAAUGGAAGUUGUGCAGGCGUACAUUGUGGACAGCAUUUGGAAAAUAGUGUAAAAAUGUUAGUGUGGUGUGGAUGGAAGGCCAAAAUGGUGCUUUUGGAUUUUCCUGUCUUUAUAUGGCCUGAGAAACCACCUAUCAGCAACUUACAAUGGGAUCCUGACAACACUUCAAUCACAACUUGCUCCCGCACUCACAUUAAAACUCGGCUGUUUAUUGGGUCAAUGUUUCGGUCUAUCGACAACACAACAGUGGAAAAAGGAGAGAAGAACUAGAUACUAAUUGUUUAGAAUAUUGAUCAAACAACAGUACACUCAAAACCACAAUAAAAACCAAUCUGGAAAAUCCAGUGAUGAGAUGAGGUCACUUCCUUUGAUAAUUGUAAACACCUGUAAUCAACUAAUUUCAUAGGUGUACUGAUGUUUCAAAAGGAAGACACACAACAGUUGUAAAAUGUUGGUCCUGAUGAAGGUUGAUAGACCGAAACGUUGACCCAAUAAACAGCAGAGGUUUAAUGUGAGUGCAGGAGCAAGUUGUGAUUGUUUUGCAGUGAAUGUGUCUGGGGAUUUGCUCCUAGCACCACCCAUUUCAGGAGAAUGUGCACAUUGAUCAAGCCUUAACACCUCUAUUCAUAAGACUCUGAUGACUCUCACAGUACCACCUGGUGACCUUAACAACUCACAUACCCUGCGUUCCAAAUCGCAUACUUAUACUUUUUACUUUUAGUAUGUACUGCAGCUGCCCUUACAAAGUAUGUAGUUUAGUAUGUAUUGGGACAUACUAAUUCUUUUUUUCCCUACUAAAUAGUAUGGUAGUAUGGGUAUUGGAACGCAGGGAUAUAACCUGAAGGAUACUCAUGUGACAUUAAGGUAUGGAUGAUCCACAAAGCCUAGGACUCCUCAACAGUCAUUAGAACUGAUGAAGCUUCUUGGAUGAGUGAAACAUCUUCAAGACCAACAAGCAUUGUUGCCUUUGUCUUACUACCUCUUGAUGUUAUUGUUACAGUCAUUUAUCCCAGUGAUUCCAGACUUUCCAGACGCAUUGUAUCAUGUUGGUCCUUUCAAUUGUUUACUUCUGCAAAAAUGGACUCAACCUUGAAAUGGUGGGUCCAAGCUCACAACAAAUCAAGAUGUCUUAUCGGCUGCGACACAGAAGAUACUUCCUCAUGAAACCAACAGAAAGGGGACUGCACAACACUGUUAAAAUCUGUAUGUCAGAAAUAUUUGACUUGUGGAACCAAAAGUGGACACCUUGCAGAACUGUACUGACAGUAAAUCAUAAAGGACCCACUACAGAAUGGAGAAAACAUACAGUCUUUGUUGCUGCUGUACUCCUGACAUCUUGUCCCAUGAAAUCCCAUUAGAGUUACUGAUUUCCACAAUAACUUGAACUUUGGGAUUGUUCCUCCACUUAUCACCCACAGUUCAAUUCUUCACUGACUCACCAGGAGAAACACUUCAUCAUAUCUACUUACAGCUUUAUUUGUCCACUCCCCUCACUGCUUCCGCUUGGUUGAUACACAACACUUGUUGCAUUUCUCCUAAUGGCUUUAUGUUCUGAAGAAUUUAUUUUUUCUGUAACUGAUUAUCCCAUGGACAUCUAAACAGAGUGAAAUGACAUAGAAUGUGAUUUCUCCCUGCUUUUUCAACCAUGAGAAUAUGUGCCAUAUAGAGAUAUAAAGCAGAUUUACGGUUGUUACGCACAUGCAGGGAAGGGUUAUCUACAAUAGCAUGCUUUAAAACUUAACUGCCCUUCUACUGGGAUUUUUCCACUAUCACAAUACUGUCUACGAUGCAAGGACUCAGAUUAAUGGACUCAGAUCUGUCAAUCAUGGACAUUGAGAUGAACUGGGAAAAGGACGGAUGUCUUCCUUAGAGCUUUUGAAUUUACAUUUCUUCUGUUUCACAAACAAAAAUCAAAUCUGUAAAAUAGUUUCAAAAAGAAUACCACUGAAUUUUGAGCUUAUUUAAUGGUGAUUAAUUUUGCACUGGGUUGAGUAUACGAUGAAGAUUCAUAACACUUAGAAGCCACAUUUACAUUGACAUCAAAAAUACAAUUACAGGCAUAAGCAAUUCUGCUUAUGCAGAAAGUUUUCCAUGUGCCCAGCUCACCAAGUUGCAGCAGAACAGAAAGGAGCCAUAGAUUAAAGGCCCAUACCAGUGAAUUUGCAUGUUUAGCAUAAUAUCUGCAAAAUGUUUAUACUUCACGUUUCUGCUCAUGUUUUCCCAAAACAAGCACUUAGCUUUUAUUCAGCCACUGGUUUCCAUUCAUUUCACUAUGGCAUGAAAAUGAACUUUCAGAGACUUCAGAUGUUCUUCACACUAGUAUUCCAUUACUGUAAUAAAGUCGUUCACAUCAGUUUUCCAUAAAACAACAGUGUGGCUGUGUCUUCAUGACUUGAGAUUGAGCAGAGUGAAAUGGUCUCUCUGCCAGAAAUAGUCCCCAGGGAAACAUUUGCUUUACACAGCCAGUUAUUACUUCUGUGGAUGGCAACAAAAUUUGAAAAACCAGGGAUUGUGAUUAUAUGACGUGCUUCUGCGGCUAACAAAGUCAUCAAUGUUCAUAAAGCAUGGAACUGAUAAUUGGUUGUGUAAAGCAAACUUUUACCCGGGGACUAUUUUGCAGGGCGAAGAGAUCCAUUUCACUCUGCAUAAUUUCAAGUCAUCAAAUUCAUAUCACAGUGAAAUCAGAGUUCUAAAAUAUAAUUGCUUGCUUCGAAAAAAGAUUAUUAGAAAUGUGAAGUGUAUGUAUAUUUUAUACUAAACAUGCAAAAUCACUGGUAUGGUCCUUUAAAGUUCUCUUUACCAAAGUUUCCAUCAAUCCUAGCUCUGUUGUUAUCCAUAAAAACUGAUACUCCCUGGCAAGUUGCCAGGGAAUAUCAGUUGCAUAAGUUGCCUCUGUCUUUCCAACAAGUUAACUGCAAUAGAUAUGUCUAUGUCAAACAUGACGUGGUCCAUCAGAAUCUGUGUGUAAUUAUUUUCGGUAAAAUUUGAUAGUGGCUGGAAAAGGAAAUACUUUAUCUCAGCUAACAGAUCACUGACUCAAGAAAAGGAAAUAAAGCCUUUUUCAAGUGAACAUUAUUGAACUUUAUUAACAAUGUAACUGUUACAUGAAUAAUACAACACAUAAAACCAAACUCAACACUGAGAGAGAGCGACCAAUGAUGUUCAUUCAGAAACAUAAGUUGCUUGUCAGAUGACACCAUGUUAGCUGCAGUCCCACUCAGACUGAAGGGAGCUGUGAUUUUCAUGGUAUUUUGCUGGGAAGUCAUAGAAUAUUGCAGAACAUAAAUCAGGGUUCAUUUACAUGGUUUCAGUGUUGAUUUGAUGUUAAAUCAUUUUUUGUAUGAUAUGCAUUGGUUGUGCAAAAAGCAUGAUACUAACACUGCCAGGGUUGAGGAGUUGCACUCCCACUCAGACUAAAGAUGAACACACACAUAGUGCUGCUAAUAGCUUUGGAUAAAAGUGUGACCUAAGAGAGUGAUAAGGGCUCUGUACUUGAUUGUCUCUGAUCAAUAACUGCAGAGAAAAGGAUUACAGAUGGAACAUUGUCCAUGUCUCCUUUGAUCUCUGCUGUUUGUCUUUUGAAGGGAACACCACUCAGGUGUCAACUUUAUCUAUGCUAUUGCAGUGCUCUAAGAUUCUGAUUGAUAUACAGUACAUGGAUGUUUUUAACACUUUCCCAAAGCUGGAAACCAAGAUUUGGAUCUGUGAUGUCAAUGUAAAUUACAGAACAAGCAAGGCAUUGCUUCUUUUAGAUAUUAUCUACUCAUGUACCAGUGAGCUGAGGAGUUGACAUAGCCUGCUAUUGGUUAUGGGCUGGUGACACAAAAGUUGAAAAAAAAAAAAAUCUCUUGUCGUCUUCCAUGUUAAGGGUUGGAUUUAUACAAACAAACCAUAUUCCUAACCUUAUGCUAAACUCCAGGCUAGACAUGGAAAUGUCAGUCACAUUUGGUUAAAAAAAAAAACCUGAUUUUGUGUAAAGCCAAACUUUUGGGUCUCCAUGCAGGAAAUAGCAAGAGCAAAGUGCUGUUUUUUUAAUAAUCUCUGUUGCCGUUGUAUUCUUUUUUACAAGCUGCAAUACCUCGUGUUUGUGAGACUUUUGUAAAUUUGUAAAAUUGAUUCAGAUGGAAUGCAGUGUUCAUUUCUUCAUGAAAAAAUUAAACAAUAAAAUAAUCACAAAAAUAAA